AUGUCGACAUUCACCGACGGCGAGCCGUCCCCCCACGCCCAUGGAUGGCGCUACGCACCCGCGCCAGACGACGCGUCCAAACGGCCAGCAAAGUACCUCGCCUUCCAGCGCGGGUGCGCCCCGAGCCUGUGGUUCCCGGCCCUUGUGCGCGCGGAACAAUCCUACAGGGACAAGAAGGACGGUGAAUGGGUGUGGGGGCUCGACGCGGUCGGCGCCGAGGGGUGGCGCCGGCGCAGUAGUACUGGCAAGUGGCGGCGUGAUGCCGAGGUGCGCGGUAUCGGCGAGGCCGAGUUUGAGCGGCUGAGGGUCGACGAGGCGAAGCUGUUCUGGCCGGCAUACAGGUGGAAACAAGCGCACCUCCGCCCGCGCCUCCGACAAAGCUGGGACAUUACGCAUCUGCCGCUAUCCCCAGUGCUCGAGGACACCCUGCACGAGGUGGCGAUGGCGUAUGCCGAGCGGCAGAUUGGCAGUCUCACGCCGGACCAGGCCGAGGCACUACGUUCUGGCAAGGCUGCUUUCGUGGGCGACGAGAGCGAGCCCCAUGACGAGUGUGACGCCGCCGUCGAGAGCGAGCUCGUGGCGUGGAGACGGAGAUGGGUGCAGGGCUGUGUCCAGCUCGGCAUCGAUCCCAAGCUUCGGCGGCAGCCUAGUGGCGGGGGCGCGAGUGUGAGGUAG